GGUCGCUAUUUAAACGGGACGCGGGUGAGGAAGGGAAAAGCCGCGCCCGGAAGGCGUGGAAUUUGCUCCGAAGGAGAGAUUCCACGGUUCUCCACCCGCGCCGCCGUUCCGCUAACUGCCACCACUCCACCGGUACGAGACCAGGUCUAGCUUGAUUGGUACGGCGAGUCGAUUGAUGCGAGACGAGGCCAGUCAGAACCAGCCGAUUCAGUGGAGUUUAGUCCAUGGUGCCAUUCCAGAAUGCUGUGUAUUUCUGUCGUCGGGGGUCUCUCCCACGUGGUGGACAGAGCUUGGCGUGGGAGGCGCAAAAAGAUAUUGUUGGGAAUGGGCCGUGCAGAGAUAUGCAGCACGUUCUCCUGCAGGGUUCAGAAGCUCCUAGAAGCGAUAUCAGAGGGGCGGAAAACCAGGAAGUGUCAUUGGUGGUACUCGAGUCAAGAAUGGCCAAGUAGAAUCCGUUGAGAGGGAGAGUUGGAGUUGAUGAAGAAGCAGCUGAAGUGGAAUGUGACGUUGGAAGAUGGAAAGUGGAAGGUGGAAGUUGGUACCAGUUGGAACGGCCACACACGUGAUGGAAUCAUGAAUUCGGCCACGUGCUGCUUUCUAUCUCUCU